CUGGUGGUUGAAAGAGGCGGCGGAGGGUCACCGGAGAGGGAGAGGGGCGGAGGCGAGCGAUCGAUGUGGGUUUGGGGCUGGGCGGGGUACGGCGGGAGAGUAUGGAUCUGGGCUGCCGACGGUGGCGGGUGGUGGCAUGAGGUCCUAGCGGUCGGCGUGACGGCCAUGGCCGGACUCGCCUUGGCCGCCACUUUCGGCGUCUCUCGGUAGGUAGACAGCCUUAGGCGCCGCCCCCUUUCCGUUCCCUUCCCAGAAGAGAGAGAGAGAGAGAGAGAGAGAGAGAGAGAUCUUGUAGAUGAGCGCCCUCCGACGAUCCCAUACUUCUUCGUCCUCACCGAGUUCGUCGUCGUGGAUCCAUUUGAGAUCGCUGGUCAUCGUGGCCUCCUCACCCGCUCCGGAUCGAGGCAGCCUUAGAUCACCAUGGUCUCGAAGGAAAAGGAAACAUGCACUUACUAGGCAUCAAUGGAACAAUUUUUUUACAUUAGAUGGAAAGCUCCGUGAUGGAGGGGAGAAAUUUCUAAAGAAAGUCCGCAGAGCAGGAAUUGACCCAAGCAUCAGGGCUGAAGUCUGGCCUUUCCUUCUUGGAGUCUAUGACUUGAAGAGCUCAAAGGCUGAAAGAAACGCCAUUCAUUCACAAAAGAGGAAAGAAUAUGAGAAUUUAAGACGACAGUGUUGGCAAUUGCUAAAUCCCCACAAUGAUGGUGACAAUGAGUGGAAUGAAAUUUUUGAAAUGAGUUAUACGGACAGUCCUAGUUUUGUACAGGGAUGUUAUUCCCUUUGCACCGAAGAGAUUCUAAGUUCCAGAGAAUCCCUCUCCAUUGAGCAAGAAAGCCCACUCAAUGGAACUUUGGAGGAAACAGUGCAUGAGGAAGCAUCUUCCUCCAACUUGGUUCUACUGGAAGAAGAUGACAAGAGCCCAAUCACUAAUGUGGACGCAUCUGCAGAUGUAACAGAAUCAUCUGACAGUGAAUCAACUGAUGAAGAACCUCCUGAAUGCAUUAUGAUGUCUUCCACCGCAGAAGGAGUUAUUGAAACUGAUCCUAAACUUACCAAGAUUGCUUCAGUCUUGGGGAAUAUUACUAAUUCUGAUCAAACUGCUGAGGAUUUCACAACAUGGCAACGUAUCAUGCGGUUAGACGCGAUCCGAGCUAAUGGCGAGUGGAUAGUCUACUCUCCAGCUCGAGCUGCGGUCUCCAUGGAUGAGGCUAUCAAGUUUGCUGUCGCUGUUGGUUUGAAGGACUAUGACCACUUGGAGCCGUGCAGAAUCUUCCAUGCUGCACGGCUGGUUGCCGUACUCGAGGCGUAUGCACUGUAUGAUCCUGAAGUCGGAUACUGCCAAGGAAUGAGCGACCUUCUAUCUCCGAUACUCGCUGUCAUGGAGGAGGAUCACGAGGCUUUUUGGUGCUUCGUAGGGUUUAUGAAGAAAGCCAGGCAUAAUUUCAGGCUUGAUGAGGCAGGCAUCCAGAGACAAUUGAACAUCGUCUCCAAGAUCAUCAAGUCCAAGGAUCGCCACCUUUACCGGCACUUGGAGAAGCUUCAGGCUGAAGACUGCUUCUUCGUGUACAGAAUGGUGGUAGUUGUCUUCCGAAGAGAGCUCACCUUCGAGCAGUCUCUCUGCCUGUGGGAGGUGAUGUGGGCAGAUCAGGCGGCAAUUCGAGCAGGCAUUGGGAAGUCUGCAUGGGGGAGGAUUCGGCUACGUGCUCCGCCCACUGAUGACCUGUUGCUCUAUGCCAUCGCCGCCUCGGUGCUGCAGAGGAGGAAGUUAAUCAUUCAGAGGUAUAGCAGCAUGGAUGAAAUCAUGAGAGAGUGCAACAGCAUGGCAGGGCAGCUGGAUGUGUGGAAGCUUUUGGAUGAUGCCCAUGACUUGGUGGUGACCCUUCAUGACAAGAUCCAAUGACACUCCUUUCUCUUCUUUAGUACCAUCUUCAUAGUUUGGUCAUUUGCACUGUUGUAAUUGAACUCGACUGUGUAUUUGCUUAGGAGAGGCAUUAACAGUUGCUUCAACCAAGCAGACACAAUGUGCCAUCUUCGGCAAAAACAGCUAAAUCCCCACAUUGGAGUCACUCAAGUGGGAUCAUCAUAUUGUGCUAUCAAUGAUUCAAUGAAUUGAUUUUGAUGAUUUA